AUGCCGGGAAUGGACAGCGUCGCCAUCUUCUGGGACUACGAGAACUGCGCCUUGCCGUCGAACAUCUCUGGCAACGCCGUCGCCAACAAGAUCCGGCAGAUUGCACACAAGUACGGGAGCGUCAAGGUGUUCAAGGCGUACCUCGAGCUCCCCGAGCAGUCGUCCCCCAAGAGCGUCGCGCUCCGCUCCGAGCUCCAGCUCUGCGGCGUCUCGCUCAUCGACUGCCCGCACAAUGGGAGGAAGGACGUUGCGGAUAAGAUGAUGAUCGUCGACAUGAUGGCAUACGCCAUCGACACACCCGCGCCCGCGACCAUCGUGCUCAUCUCGGGCGAUCGCGACUUUGUCUACGCGGUGUCCGUGCUCUGCCUGCGGCAGUACCGCCUGAUCGUGUUUGCGCCCACCGUCGCGCACACGAGCCUCAAAUCGCAGGCCAGCGUCGUGUACGCCUGGCCCGCGGACGUCCUCCCCGAAAGCGCUGCGCCGCGCCGCGCCUCCGUGUCGGGCACGAGUCCGCCCGAGAGCUCCCGGAUGUGGAGCGACGGGGGCGGACGUCUGCUCCCUCAGCCUGUGCCCGCGUCCCCUCCCCCGUCUCCCGAGAUGACGAGGGGAGACAGUUGGGCGCGCGACAGGCCCGCUUACUCGUACUCGUCGUCGUACGGGUAUGCCCUUGGCCCUAUGGGCAGCUCGAGCUCGUCGACGCUGGUCAACACCCCCAGCGCCGAGAGCGACUCCGGUGCACGGGCUGCACACGACAUCCCGGCGCGGCCGGCGUCCGCCGCGGUCAAUGUGAGCACUGUGAUCUGGACCGUACUGUAUGCCCAUCGUCUGACCGCGCCGGGUGGAUGUAGGAGCCCGAGGAGCGCGUCUCGCGGAAGAGCUCCCCCGUGA